AUGACUUCUCAAAUUCUUUCGGUCAUCGCCAUCAUCUUCAGUCGGCAACAACACCAGCGACCCACCCCCAACGCACCACCAUCGAUCGCUUACUUCCCCCAACGCAGCACCAUUGACCCCCUUCACCACCACGAACCACCUUCAUGGUCCACCUCCUUCAAACAUGUUGAAGAGGCUAACAUGGAUUCAAAAAUUUUGUUUCCGAUGGUUCAAUUUUCCUCAGAAUCUCAAUUUUUGGUUUCAACGAUACUGUGUCUGUUUGAUACCAAAUUCUUUUUUGUUGAACUUGAAGAGGAUGCUUUCAAACCUGGUUUCCAUAAAUUGGACUUAACUCCAAUAAUCAUGAGUUUUGAUUACAAAAAGGGUUGGUGAAAGAAACAUAUCAUUGAAAGGAUUACAG